AUGCGCGGACAUAGCUCAUCAGCCUUGGUUUUGGCUGUGAUCUUGCUGAUAACGCUUCCAAAUUGUAUCCAAGCUUCGUUCCUAGGUACGCUACUCUUCGGCAAAGACACACUCGAACCGGUCCGCAACGCAAUCCAGCAAACCGAGCAGCUCCGCCAAGAAGUCUAUGGCUGGUAUAAGCACAAUGCUACCCAACAAGCCAACUUUACCGUCACUCCAGAUCCCGCCGACGUGUACAAGCUUCUACCAGCAGAAUACUCAGGUCGCAGCCUGGUAGCUCCGGAUGGAUCGUAUUACAAGGAUGUCGAGGGGUACUACAAAGGCGAAUGGUCAGGGUGGGAUUUCAGCACGCAAGCCAAUCGCUCGCUUGCUACCGAUUCGAAGCUUAGUCACACCCUCGCUGAUAAGGCACCGAAGGUGAGUGACGAGCCGAAGUAUGUUGAAGGCGUAGAUCCGGAAAAGCUUAGGUUGGAUCGCGGCUCGUUCAAUUGGCUCACUACUGAGCUUAGCCAUGUCGAUGUGCAUCUGCGGGAAGAACAUCUUUUGCCGGGAAAUGUCUCGCUCAUCACUGGCAGUCUCAGCUUCAAUCAACCAAAGGGGUCCCGAAGCGAGGAGGAUUCGGUCGACUUCUCACUCGAAGGCCUCCACUUCCUCCCCACAGGCAGUCUCUUUCUACAUGCCCUCGCGGAGGAAACACCACAUUCCACCGACGUCCGUACAUCACUCAGUCUGAUCCCAGAGGGUAACAACGAGACUAGGAAUGCAACAAUCUCUGCGAUCAACAAAGCUUUUCAACUGCGCAUAGAUAUGCUCCAACGUAUCAUCGACAGUGGUUCGUACGAUGGCGACGACUCUCCCUCCGUCUCUCCUGCUCUCAAGCACAACUGUUCGCUCCAUGUUUACGGGCAAUUCUCUUCCGCUGGGCCCUUUGCUGAGGUGCAACCUCAAAUCGAUGCGCUAGAAAGCGAAGCAAAACACAGUACAGGCAUAUCCACCAUCCCUCGCCCACAGCUGCGCCUUUCGUUGACAGCUUUCUCACCAGAAUGCCAAGUUGUCCUCGCCACUCACCGGGCAGCACCGCUGACGGGUCUGCUACAAAUACGAAUCUGGAAAAAGGCAGUCAACUACGCGAUCAUCUAUUUCCUCGUUCUCCUCUUGCAGACGUAUCUGCUGGUGCAGCAGAUGGAAGCAACCGCCACCCCAAGCGGACUUCUAAAGGUCAGCGAUAAGACUUUCCUGGCUCAGUCCGUACUGGAUGCUUAUGGAUGUCUGAUACAUCUGAGCGUGGCGGUGGCGUUGAAAAACGAGACGGAAAAGCCACUUUUGGCGUGUGCAUUUGUUAGCGGCGUUUGUUUCUUGGGUUUUGGUUACAGGUACACGAUUACAGUGUAUAGAGCUCAGGCUGAUGCUGGGCCUUCGCUACCGACUGCUGCAGAGCCUGGGGCUGGGGAGGGUGAGAACACGAUCUUCAACGCAACGCUAAACACGAUCACCCCUACCACCAACACCAACACCGCCACCGCCAACGCAGAAACCACAGCAGAAGCAGACCGUGCACGACGUCGCGGAAGAGUCAUCUUGGCCACCGGUCUGUUCCUGUUCAUGGUCGGCUUCUUUCCAAUCUUUACCAUCACCCUUCUCCUUCCCGUCCUCUAUUCGUUCUGGAUCCCUCAAAUAUACCGCAACGUGAUGAGAGGCACUCGAAAGGCGAUUCUCAAGCGCUGCGUGGUGGGUAUAACGCUAACGAGACUGUUCGUACCGAUGUAUUUGCUGUUAUGUCCAGACAACGUGUUGAUGUCGGAGACGAGUAGAUGGGGGUGGGUGUUAGCCGGCUGGUUAGGGUUGCAGGCGUUCGUGCUGGCGGGUCAGGAUUUGUCAGGGCCGCAUUGGUUCUUGAGGCAGAGCUGGGUGCCACAAGGAGCGGAGGUUGGGGUGUGGGAGUAUCAUCCUCCCCUCUCUGGCGCCGAGGAGGAUGGGGAGGAGGGGAGAGUCUAUGGAGAUUGUCCCAUUUGCCUUAACCCCAUUGAAAAGAGGCAGAAAAAGCAGCGGAGGCCUGCGGCGAAGAGCAAAUCUUGGUUCGGCUUCAGCGGUUCAAAUCGUGGAUAUGACAGAUUGGAGCAGGCGGAGGAAUUUGAUUUGCCUUAUUCUGUCGACAAAUCUUGCUCCCGGCACCAACCUCGGCCAGGAAGGGAAAACAGAACUACAGGAGUAAGUGGUAGGGUAAAGCACCAUCUAGCGAAGACAGUACACCGGAUGCUGGCAUGGAAAGAGAGUUUGGGAGCAGCUAAUGAAGCGAUAAGGGGUAAACGCAUGGAUGUAAUGAUUGCACCUUGUUCGCAUGCCUUCCAUACAAAAUGUUUGGAGAGAUGGUUGGGGAUUAAAGGUGAAUGUCCUAGUUGUCGUAGCGCUUUACCAUCUGUGUAG